AUGGAAAAAGAAUAUCAGCUACCUCUCACACAAAUCAGUUUUUCAGGUAAAGAAUGCACGGACUCAAGCCUGGUGGAUCAUCUCAUGUCACACUCCAAAGGAAGAAGUGGCAUAUCCCCAUUUGCAUGUCUUUCUGGAAAUACAGAUCAUGACUUGAUGAAAAUGACAAACAUAAGCAGUCUCAUGUUGCAAACAGCUCAAAUACCUGAAAAGUACAUUCCUUUAUUACAUCUGACAAGAACAGACAUUUGUGGAAGAAAAAUCUUUCUUAAUUCCUAUGCUCUUGAUUUUUUCAAACAUGGCUCCCUAAGGGCAAUUGAAAUUGAAAAUGGGCUUAACUCAGGUGAUGCAUAUUCCAAACUGAAAGACUUCACCCUAACCAUAGCAUCCAUAAGUGUAUCCUUGAAAGAAUUGUGUGAAGAUGAAAAUGACCCAGUUACCUUGGCAUUUGACCAGCUGAAUAAAUGUAUUAUAAGAAAUUUAAUUUUGUGU